UCUCCAAGCAGGGCCACCUCAAUUUAUUCUCCCCUUUUUUUCCCAAAACCCUAAACCCUAAUUUCACACCACAUUCAUUCAUUCUCUUCCACUCAUCCAUCAAUGGCUACCGCUACGCUGCUCAGAUCUCUUCGUCGCCGAGACGUCGCAUCUGCUUCUUUCACCGCCUUCAAAUCCUUAAGUGGAGCUAAACCAUCAUUUACCGGGUCACAUUUAAGUCGCAAGUUUGGUGUAAUUGCCAGACCUUUCAGUUCACGACCUCUCGGAAAUGAAGUUAUUGGGAUUGAUCUGGGUACCACAAAUUCUUGUGUUUCAGUCAUGGAGGGCAAGAGUGCAAAAGUUAUUGAGAAUGCCGAAGGAGCGCGUACAACUCCGUCAGUCGUGGCUUUUAACCAAAAAGGGGAGUUAAUCAUAGGUACUCCCGCUAAACGUCAAGCCGUCACUAACCCAACAAACACGGUAUUCGGUACCAAGCGUUUGAUCGGAAGACGAUUCGAUGAUCAACAAACACAGAAAGAAAUGGGUAUGGUUCCAUAUAAAAUCGUCAGGGCUCCAAAUGGAGAUGCGUGGGUCGAGGCCAAUGGACAGAAGUAUUCUCCAAGCCAGAUCGGUGCUUUUGUUCUUACCAAAAUGAAAGAAACCGCUGAAGCUUAUCUUGGGAAAACGAUUAAUAAAGCCGUCAUUACCGUACCUGCUUAUUUCAAUGACGCGCAAAGACAAGCUACUAAAGAUGCUGGAAAAAUUGCUGGUUUAGAUGUUCAGAGGAUCAUAAAUGAGCCGACAGCUGCUGCACUUUCGUACGGGUUGAAUAACAAAGAGGGUCUCAUUGCUGUUUUUGAUCUCGGUGGUGGAACGUUUGAUGUUUCCAUCUUGGAGAUAUCUAAUGGUGUUUUCGAGGUGAAAGCAACAAACGGUGACACGUUCCUUGGAGGAGAGGAUUUCGAUAACGCGUUGUUGGAUUUCUUGGUUGGUGAGUUUAAAACCGCAGAAGGAAUAGACUUGACAAAAGACAGACUUGCCCUCCAGAGACUUAGGGAAGCUGCCGAAAAAGCUAAAAUCGAGUUAUCAUCGACAACACAAACCGACAUCAACUUGCCAUUUAUCACCGCCGAUGCAUCGGGUGCAAAGCAUUUGAACAUCACUCUUACACGAUCCAAAUUCGAGGCGCUAGUAAGUGCUCUGAUCGAGAGGACCAAGAACCCAUGCAAAAACUGCGUGAAAGAUGCCGGUGUCACAACCAAGGAAAUCGAUGAAGUUCUCCUUGUCGGUGGGAUGACACGUGUUCCGAAAGUUCAGGAUGUCGUUACGGAAAUUUUCGGGAAGAGUCCUAGCAAAGGGGUGAAUCCCGAUGAAGCAGUUGCUAUGGGAGCAGCUAUCCAAGGUGGCAUUCUUCGCGGUGAUGUUAAAGAACUGCUUUUACUUGAUGUCACUCCUUUAUCGCUCGGUAUCGAGACGCUUGGUGGCAUUUUCACCAAGCUUAUUGGCCGGAACACCACAAUCCCAACCAAGAAAAGUCAGACGUUUUCGACUGCAGCUGAUAACCAAGUGCAAGUGGGUAUCAAAGUGUUGCAAGGUGAGCGCGAAAUGGCAUCUGACAACAAGCUGUUAGGUGAAUUUGACCUCAUGGGUAUCCCGCCUGCGCCAAGAGGCAUGCCACAAAUCGAGGUGACAUUCGACAUUGAUGCAAACGGCAUUGUUACAGUUUCAGCCAAAGAUAAAGCCACUGGUAAAGAACAGCAAAUUACAAUUAGGUCCUCAGGAGGUCUAUCGGACGAUGAGAUUGAGAAGAUGGUUAGGGAUGCCGAGCUUCAUGCCCAGAAGGACGCUGAGAGGAAGGCACUUAUUGACGCUAAAAAUAAUGCCGACACUACCGUUUACAGCGUCGAGAAGAAUUUGAAUGAGUAUAGAGAUAAGCUUCCGAGUGACGUGGUGGCUGAAAUCGAGAGUGCGGUGGCUGAUUUGAGGAAAGCAGCGGAUAGUGAGGAUGCUGCGGAGAUUCAGGCUAAGAUAGACGCUGCGAACAAGGCGCAGUCGAAGAUUGGACAACAUAUGCAAGGUGGUGGUGGUUCGGAGUCGGGAUCGGGUGGAUCACAAGGCGGUGAACAAGCCCCGGAGGCUGAAUACGAGGAGGUAAAGAAGUAACAUUUUUAAAAUUUCAUUUUUGCUCUAUUCUUCCAUGAGUACUACAGUUUCAUGUAUCUAAAACUAUCAUGAGAAGUAGAAAUAAUUAACAAUUUGUUUUGUUGUCAUAUGGCUGUUAUUUGCCAAGAUACAUUUUUGAGCGAAAAGGUUGAAUGAGAAUUUACCAUUUUUGUCA